AAGAUCCCCAAUUCAAUUCUCACCAUCAUCACGAGCUCAUACGCACAUCUAUACCUCGUACCCAGUCGUGGUGUGCACGUACAUCUAUCUCAUAUCUUUGUGUUAGGUAUCUUAUUGAGCGUGCGUGGGUAUUGUAUAGGCGAUUUGAUUUGAUCCCAUUCGGCUAUUUACAAAGUGGCACGGAAGAGGACGAGAAACCGGAAGAGGAACAAAGAGUGGAAUAGAACGAACGAACGAGCUCGAGAACGGAUUGGAAGAGGACAGAUCCCAGAGAGCAGAACGAUUUCGGAGUCUAUUGAAGUGAGAGGAGUACGAGCGAGACUGAGUCGUCCUCUACUGUACGACUAGGACAGACCCACGAGGAGAAGGAUCGAAGCUGAGCUGAGCUGGGGUCUAUCUCUGGACGUCUGCCCUAUUUCCACAGAACUGCCCAUACGGACUCCUGCCACUCCACAGCCCCCAAUGGCAUUGACCACCGAUCUCUCCUCCCACCUCGCCCUGGUGACCGGAGCAACAGGCGGCAUAGGCAAAGCGACGUGCCUGGCCCUGGCGCACCUCAACUGCUCCAUCGCCGUGCACUACCACAGCGCGUCCGACACGGCGGAAUCGCUCGUCGCCCAGCUCACAUCCAUGAACGUGCGCGCCUCGGCGUUCCGCGCCGACCUGUCCUCCUACGACGAGACGCGCGCUCUGCACGCCAACGUCGUCCAUGAGCUGGGUCAUCCGACCAUCCUCUUCAACAACGCCGGGCUAACCAUGGGGGUGUCCCGGGUCAAGGACGUCAGCGAGGUGUCCGUGGAGGACUUUGAGAAGACCUGGAGAGCGAAUUGCGGCACCGCGUUCUUGCUCACCCAAUUGUGUAUCCCCCAGAUGGUCGAGGCUGGCUGGGGCAGAAUCGUCUUUUGUUCCAGUGUCGCCGGCUUCACUGGUGGUGUAGUCGGACCGCAUUAUGCAUCGUCCAAAUCGGCCCUUCACGGGCUGGUGCAUUGGCUGGCAGGUGCUUAUGCAAAGACUGGCGUAACCAUCAACGGCGUCGCGCCAGCGUUGAUCGAAGAGACCAAGAUGCUGCCUGGAGGGUCCGCAGAGUUGUCUGCGAAAAUCCCCAUCGGGAGACUUGGGAAGCCCGAAGAAAUCGCAGAGACAGUCCUCUGGAUCGUCAAGACCGGCUAUGUCCAUAACAAGAUCAUCGCUGUCGACGGCGGCAUGUUCAUCCAGUAAGAGGAGCAGGCACGAUAGGUCGAAAAGACCUUGGACCACAGCCUCGAUCCGCUUCAACCACCA